GCAGAGAGGGACGAGAUUCAGGACGUCCUCCAUGAGCAGGAGGGGGGCCAGGGUGGGGUCAGCGAGGCGGGGAUGCGAGACGACGCAGUCGGAGGCCCUGACCUGCCAGGGGAGGAGGUAGUGAUGACGUCGAGAGGGGUUGAGGCAGCGGGUCACGCUGCGAGGGCGUCACAACCUGAUUUGGACCACACGAGGAGGGAGAAGAGGAAAGUGGGGGAGGAGGAUGUCGACGUGCGGGACACGACGAGGGAGAAGAGGGCACGGCAGACGACGAUCGAGGAGAUGUACGAUAAGGAGAAGUUGGCCGAGUUUUCAAACGUGUGGCUGCAGUGGAUCUACGGGAAGGGGUUGCCAUUCAACGCCUUCCGAGGGCCGGAGUUCCAGAGGGUUCCCUGGGCGGUAGAGAGAGUACCCCGCAUAGUUCGGUUCCAGUUUCCCUCGUACAGGGUUACAGCGGGCGCUGGGAUCCCUUCACAGAGGAAGAAGGUAGCGUCGAUGGCGAGCGAGGUGCCCUCCGCUUUCCAGCACACCGGUGCCACCAUCCUCUCCGAUGGAAGGAAGUCGCGUAGCGGCAAGCCGCUCGUGAACUUCCUGGCCGGGGACGUGAACGGCGCCCUGUUGUACGCCACUGUCGCACGUGACGGGUCUGUCCGCGAUACGGUGGAUGUCGUGUAUCGCAGGUGGCGGACCAUCAUCUUGUUCUGUCCUGGAAAGGACGUGAUCGGCUUCUGCACGUACUCCGCCAGUAACUAUACGGCGGUGGCACGCAGAUUCGCCACAGACCCUGACGCGGACAUUAGGAGGAUCACUUGGCUUCCUUGCUCCACCCACGUCCGCAACUUGAUGUUGUCAGAUGUCGGGACGCGAGGGGGGUGGGUCAAGGAGACCAUCAUCCGUGCCCGAGCGUUAGUGCGAUUUAUUAAAUCGCAUGACACUGCUCACACCCUUUUCAGGAGGAUGAGCCAUCGCGUCAUGCUCGUCGAGCCCGUGGAGACCCGGUUUGCAUCGGUUUUCCUGAUGCUGACGUGUCUCAAAGGCCGGCAGGACGCGCUAGAGAGCAUGCUGUACGACGACGCAUGGGCGCACAUCCUGUGGGAGCGCAGGCUUCUCGCCCAGGCGCAGUGGCAGGGUGGUGGCUACGUGUUGCCGUGGGUUAUGGGGACCGGUCGGGAGGGGACGGCGGGAGGCGAGGAGGACGACAAGGGAGACGUGGAGCCCGAGGUGUGGGGAACGCGACCUGCUGGCAGUGUUAACGAGCAGGACAUUGAGCGCCACGUCGUCGCUUUCCAUGCCUGCCGAUCGUCCAGAGGCGACCCCGUUCAGGACGUGUUCGGCAAGAGGGCGACAGAGCUACGACCAUGGCCGGAGUACACUGCAGGGGCUGACGGCACUCCGGACGCUGAUGCGGAUGACGACACUGGCGACGCGACGGCGGAGCGGGUGUAUUUCACUAACGAUGGAGGACUUGACGGCAUGGCUCCACAAACAUCGGUCAACACUGACGAUGUGUCGUCGGGUGGACAGGGCAGUGCCACGGGCAGAGCCGGUGAUCGUCGUGGACGACGUCCGCGUGGCGACGAGGACGUUGAGGAGAACGAGCCACUUCGGGGCCUUCGGCAGACCAGCAGACGUUGGGAGGUCAGGAGCAACAAAGAGCCAGAGAGGGAGGACGAGGAGGAGGCGGUGCCCCGUCAGGAUCGUCGGUACUCUCCCUCUCAUCAUUGGACUACGGGACCACCCCAGUCGGAGAGGCGUUCGGCGAGGUUGGCGUCGGCAGCAGAGAGACAGCGGAUGCAUGAUAGCGAGGACCGUGAGGGGGCGAGGCCUGUGGACAUGCCGGACGUGGAGAGGACCCCGUCUGGCGCCAGUCUCCUCCCGCGCUCGCCAGGAGCGGGAUGCCCGGCUGGACAGACAGGAGGAGGAGUGGCUGCAGACUUUGCCAGGAUGGGAGGGUCGGUUUGCGUAUCUGGAGGAGCAGCGUCGACUGAGGGAGUUGGAGGCAGGGGGGGUGGCGGCGGUGACGCCAGCGACGUGGAUGUCCGUGGGGAGGCUGUUGUGGGAGAGGUCCGAGAGGGUGUUGUCAGAGAGGAUAUCGACGUGGGUGGCGGGGGAGAGGGUGUCCCCGCGGGUGAUGAGGGACAGGGUGUUGCCGUGGCUGGUGGGGGGGAGGGUGGACCCGGUGGAGAUGUUGACGGCGACCAUCUCGACGAGGACGAGGACGGGUCCGACGACCACGAUGGCAGUGGCGACAACGGUGGCGACGACGAUGAGGAGAUGCUCGUUUUGGUCGUGAGGGACCCUACACUACCUCUCCUACGCCCCGACGACUUAGCGCAGGUUAUGCUCGACGUCGACGAUUUGGUGCAAGUCGGUACUCAGGACCCUUUCCCCCAUACGGGCCGCAGGAGCGGCGAGAGGCGCCCCUCUGGAGGGGCGUAUUCACCCCCACCCUACCUCGUGCAGAGCCCUCGAUGGUCGGGCUCGUCGCUCAGCGGCAUCAGAGGGAGGGAGUCCGGGGUGGUUGAGGGGGGGUCGGGCCGCCGCAGUGACGGCGGCGGAUCUGCCGAAUCGAUGCCCCCCCCACCCGCACGGGCCGCGGAGGCGAGCGACGAGGAGACGACGGCCCGUGCGCACAUUGGUGGUUCCCCGCCGCCUGUCCGAGGUGGUGUCGUUGGCGGAUGGGCAGCUCAUUGACGGGUCACGGACCGGUUGAGGGCAGAUUACAACGCCAGGACGGGCACCUUCGCAGGACGUUUGUCACCACGGACUCAGGCUGCGGGCAGCAGCGGCGAGGGUCGUAAAUGUCCCCGAUGCAGCGGGUAUUGUUGUAGCAAUGUUGUAAAUCGUGUCUUUGUCCGAUGCCACACACAUGCAUGUCAUGGUUGCCCCCAUUGUGAAUGUGAUGUGAAUUUCGUAUGCCAAAUACGGAUGAUAUGCUAAUGAAUGUGUUGUUUCACG